UGCGAAAAUUACAGAUUAAAGAUUAUACCUAAUUAGUACACAUUGUCAAACUAAAGUUGUAAAAACAGCACGAAAAUGACGCCUGCUUACGUUAUAUCAGCAAUACUGCUGGUUGUAUCCCUGGCAACAGUCGAUGGUCUCAAAUGUAAUGAAGGAUUCAACGUCUCCCUCGGGGGAAUCCCCUUCUAUCAUUGGACUGAACGGACAUGCGGGGCAAACAGCAAAUGCUUUGGACAACAAUUGGGAGCGAAACUAGCUGGAUUGAUGGUAAAAGCGAGAUAUGGAGCCUGCAUUUCAACCAGCUACGCUGACCUACUUGACUGCAACAAAUUGUUCGGCCCCGAUAGCACCUUGGACCCAGCUGCCCUUCUCGACCUGAUCCCUGAUAUCCAAACAACCAUAGAAGCGGCGAUCCAAGAUUUCGUCAAAGACUCAACCGGCCAGCUUCAAGAACUAUUCUCGAAUGGCAAAAAUGUAGAUGAAUUUAUAUCUGGAAUUGUCACAUUUUACGAAAAUAUGGGCUUCAACAUGGAAAAAUUCAAACCGUUACAACCAUCGAUAGGAAAAAUGUUUUUGGCCGCGUUUAAUAUGUCCGACCCGCAAGCAAUGGGAGUUGCGGUGGGGGAGUUUUUCACAGCGCUCGGAAAUCUGGACACUGAAAACACCGAAUUUACAGCCGACAUCUACAAAUUCAUCGGUAACUUUCUCAACCAGACCAUGAUCGAUUCCCAAAUCAAGGCAAACCCGAUGUUCAAAAGUCUGAUCGAAAAAGUGCCAGGCUUAUUUCAGUCCAUGCUCCCGACAAAUUGGAAUUCCACACUUUGGUACGACAUCGUUUUUAAACUCUUAGGCGACAUUGACAUUACAAACCCGAAACAGAGCGCAACCGAUGCCAUUGCUACUAUCAGAGCCCACUAUACCAUACCGGACGAAGUCAAAUUGGUUCUCGAUCCUCUCUUCAACGCUAUACCAGAUCUUGUCGAUAAACUCGCCCAGGGAAAUGUCAACUACGCUGGAACUUGGUCUCUCGAGCUUCUGAAGCAAUACAGCGAAACCAAUGCCGCAACUGAAGCCUUCGCCACUGCAUUGAUCACCUUCGUUGAGAAAAUUGCGAACGUUACCACUCUUGAAACUGAGUAUAAGACGAUGAUACAAUGGGUUCCAGGUCUGUUCUACAAAUUCUUUCCCGCCGAAAAGUCCAAGAUUGAAGACGUUUACAACAAGAUGGCGGCCGGGUUCAACUCUUUCAAUUUCACCGACCUUAGCGACACUGCGGCUACAACCAAACUAAGCGAUUUUAUUCUCAGUAUGAUCAAGAAAAUCACUACUAAAGAUGCGGGUGUAAUGGAAAAGGCUUUGGUUGUCAACUUCUCUAAAAUGUUUUACAACCUGUUAUCCGAUUAUACCACCGAGUUGGACAAAUUUUUCCAGGUUUUCAUUGACGGAUUCGUUAACUUCCCUACAAUCAACGCCGGCGAAAUCAUUGGAAAACUCAUUACAGAAAUGGGCGGGACAGUACCAGCUGAAGUCGCACCCUUAUUAGAGCAUUUACAGGGCGUAAUUACCGCUGCAACACAACCCACGUUCGAUGUAAAUGCUCUGAUAAGUUCUUUCGAUGCAAUUGUCAAUGCAUACAAGACCGCUUUUCCCAGCUCCCCAAUGCCAGAUCUCAUUAAGCAGUACUACAUGCUGAUAAAGAAUAACAUCGUCUGGUCCAAUUACUACUAUGCUGAAAUAAACAAGAUUUACAGCAGCCCAUGGCCGUACAAUCAAACCGCGAUAAACGAUCUGAGUGCCGAAAACACGCUCAAGAUGAAUGAGUAUUUGAUGGGGAUGAUUUACUGGCAAAUCGACUUCCAGUUUGCUAUGUUCAAGCUCACCAACCCUGCAAGCGACCAAAUAAACCAGGCAAUCAUUGCUGCUUUCCCACAGUACGGAACAUACAUCAGACUUAUGGAAGCUCUCGACCCAGUAGAUAUCAAACAAUUGAUCAAAGAUUUUGUUGGCUGGCUUGCCACUGCCGGGACUACGCCUCUCACCUCCCAAGGUUUCGUUGCCGCCACCAAACCUACGUUCCAGAAAAUAACCGCUAAAAUGGUCAACGUGACGAAGGAGCUCAGGCAUAUGUUUUCUCCCGAUACCUGCAAGUUUGGAUCAUGCGAGGCCGAUCUAUGCAACGACCAUAAAUAUAUCGAAGAUCAAAACGAAGUUACAAAGGUCACCACGACAACGACUCCUGCCACCACCCCAACGACGACCGAGUCCACCACCUCCGGAUCCGGAAAAAUCUCCUACUCGUUCUUGCUCCAGAUUGCCACCAUGUGGAUGGCUUGUAAAGCUCUCGUGGGAUAAAGAAUCAACUUUCUGAUAUUGUUUUCGUAACCUAUGCCCAAAAUAUAUUGCUAUGCCUUAUAUACAUAAAAACAACUGCACAAAAAGUGACACAUUUAAACAAAUUCUUCUGAGUGGAACGAAAAUUCGCCCUUAUUAUUGAAAUAUGUUCAGAGUCGUAUAGCAUAACUUUUUCAUCCUGGCAUUUCAAUGGUAUCCUUGGUAAGAUGCUUGAGUGGCCUUAAGUUAAUAAAGUGUCUGUAUAUCGAUUUGUAUAAAAGUUAUUCUCUCAAAAUCAAAUUAAACCAACGUAAAUUAUUUUUUUUUAGCAAUAAACGAUAGCAAGACGAUUUUUUGUGGUUAUGUAAUAAUCCACUCAUUAUUUACUGAUCGACUUUUCUGUCAUCAAGACCGCACAGUUCUUUAUUACCACUUAUUAUUCCAAUAUUGAGCCGCACUGCAUGUUAAUCAGCACAUUUAUUGAAGAAUUGUUGUUAAUACGAACUAUUUGAAUUUUCUUAUUUGUUCCGCAUAUGAAGUUUCAUGAACACUAGCUUUUUCGUGACAACGUCAUUUGACGUCACGAAUGUUGGCGAUUUAUUUUCUUUAUCUUGCACAUAUUUUUUGCGUGCACGAUCAAAUUUUUUUGAUAUUAUUAUUGUUUUGCCACUUUUUUUAAACUGUUGGAAGGUUUGUGCUUGAUGCUGAAUGGUCGUGAAUAUGUCUUGCCCACACCCGCAUACUUGAAUAGCAAGAGAUCCUGCGCAACUGAUUUUUCCUAAAUAAUAUAUGUCGAAAUGUCGCAUUGAUUUACCAGAAUCAAUAUGUCAUUUUCAAUAAAUUACUCAAUGUUUUCGUAUUUUCAGUAUUGCUGCACGUUUACUCCCCCCCCCCCCCCCACUCCCUCCAACUUUUUAUAUAACAUAAGAGGGGGAUUUGAUUUCAUGCAUGUUCUACUUCCCAUAAUCUUUAAUGGUAAAGUAUUGUUAAAGUAUUGUUUGUUGGGCUUUUUGUUUAGAAUGUUGUUUCUUUCUUAUGAUGGAAAUGUGCAAUGUCGUGGGUUUGCCCAAAUAAGGUUUACAGCUUGAACUUUUUAAAACUUGAAGGAAAUUGGAUCGAUUUUAGUUGGUAAGGCCUAUUGUAUGAUGCGAUUAUUGUGGGGUAAUGUGUUCGGCCUUCAGAGCCAAACCAAUAAACCAAAAACAUCACUCGAACUGAUGUCGAUAAUGCUCUUUAAUCAGAGGGGCUCUAAGUGGCUAUCGUUACCACUAUCUAAUGAUCGCUGAAAUGGGCCUCUUGUUGACUGAUUUUUGUCACGAGGGGGAAGUUGUGUAGAUAUUUGUGUGAAUCUCGCCUUUUUUCUCGAUUUUUGGCGUUUGCUAUGUAAUUUUUCUCUUCAAUUCGAUUAUACGCUAUUGUUUGUGUAUAUUUUGUUUGAUUUACUGUUGAUGACGUCAUGAAUUUUUUAUAUUACGUCACUUGGAUUUUGGCGUAUUCAUUCAAAAAUUUCUGUAUCUUAAACAAUUAAAUCUAAAAUGUAGUCGGAAUUGCCUUAUCCGACAAUUUUUUUUCUUAGCUCUGCGCGUUCAAUGCAGCGUUAUGCAUUCAAUGCAAUAUAUUUCGUUUCGAUUAUUUUUUUUUAGUGUGAUCGUGUGUUUCCGUGUUCCUAAUCCGCUAAUUCAAAAAAUCAAGUUUGAUUAUUUGUCCCUCGCACAGCCAGGAUAUACUAAGAAUAAGACAUGCCCUGAAUUCGAAGCCAUAGUCUUGAAUUGGCCGAAACACUAAAUUUAUCUUAAACAACAACGUUUGCUGUAUUUGGUCGCGAUUCUUCGAAUAUGACGGGAAGUAGAGUUAUAGUUGGUUGCGCAAAAAUCCUUAGCGUGACCAGCUGAUCUAUGUUCUUAAAACGUGAAAAAACUGAACCACUCCGAAGUUAACCUUGCGCAAGAGAUGCGCGUUGCUUUGAACUAAAAUUUAGUGUGUUUGUUUGAAUUCAACUAAUUGACAACUUGCUAUUUUAAGCGUAAGGAUCAAUAUUUAUCAUAAACUACGUGGUCCGCACGAAAGGUUAUUUUGUAAGUGAUAAGUCUUGAAAUAGAGCACGGUAUAAUUCGAAUGCUCCUUGCACCUCUGCGUUACGACUGGCGAGGGACGUGAUUUUGUAUAUUCCUAUUCACUUAUAAAUCGACUGAUAAAUUAAUAAAAACUACCCGAAGUGUAA